UAUGCUUGUCCUUGCAGUUUUUGCCAUGUGCACUUAACCUGCUGCACUACCACUUGACACUGGUAAAUUUUUUUAAUAGAAUUUCUAAAGAUUUAAUCUUUGUGAAUAACACAGGAAAAUAUUUCAAUUUCAAGGUUUUUUGAAAUCUGAGUUAUAAUGAGUUCAAAUGGGAGAAAACAUUUUCAACUGUAGAAUUUAUGCUACCCAAACAUUGGCGGGUGGGCAGACAGUGACAUACCUGGGUAAGCACACACAUUACAGUGCUCAAGGACCCAGGUUGAAGCCCCUGGCCCCCACCUUCAGAGAGAAACCUUCACAAGUGAUGAAGCAAGUCUGUAGGCAUCUCUUCCUUCAUAUCUCCCCUCCCCUCAAUUUCCUUGUCUCUAUCCAAUAAUAAAUAUAAAAAUUAAAAUACUGUGGAAGUAAUAUCAAGUACCAUUUUGAUCCCAAAGAGAAGAUAAAUAGUAAAUUUGCUAAAUAUUUUUAGAUCACAAUAUUAAUGAAUUACUGCAUUCAUACUGAGUGCUAAGAGCCAUUAUUUAUAUCUUUUAACUUAACCUUCAGUGUUUGGUUGCUGGGAUGUUGCCAGGGUGACAUUCUGUUGGGUAUGGGAAUAUUGAACUGUAGAACCUGGCAUCCCGGAAUGCCCAAGCUUGGAGCUAGGUUAUCUAAGAAACCUGCAGUGUGUUGAAGCCAUAUUCAACAUGGAUCAGAGGGUGUUAAAUAAACUGGUGGAAUCUGUCAGUAAUACUGUGAAGAGCUUCAAAAAAUGUGAAAUAGAGUGUCUCAUAAGACUUUUCCAAAACUUAGUAAAAACUGAUGGGAGAAUUGAUAAAACUGGAAUAGACCGUAACACAUUUCAAGAGAUUCUGCACAACAUAUUUGGAAUGACUGAUGACAUGCUAAUGAAUAGGGUAUUUUGUGCAUUUGACAAAGACAAUGAUAAUCACAUAAAUGUAAAAGAGUGGGUUAAAGGAUUAUCAGUGUUUCUUCGAGGGACUUUUGAAGAAAAGCUCAAGUUUUGUUUUGAAGUUUAUUAUCUGAAUGGUGAUGGCUAUAUUUCUCAAGAAGAAAUAUUUAACAUGUUGAAGAAUAGUCUAUACCAACAGUCAUCUGAAGAAGAGAGUGAUGAAGCAAUACAAGAGUUGGUAGAUUUAACACUGAAAAAAAUGGAUUAUGACAAUGAUGGCAAGAUAUCAUUUGCAGACUUUGAGAAAGCAGUAAAAGAAGAGAGACUUUUGUUGGAAGUAUUUGGACAGUGUUUACCAGAAGCAAAGGUACAGUUCAACAUACCAAACUCGUGGGCAGAAAAAUGUAAAGGGGCCCAGGAGGUGGCACAAUAAGUAUGGUGCUGAACUUGGAAGCAUCAGGUCCCUAGUUCAAUCCUGUGUGUACAGCUCAUGUGCCAGAGUGAUGCUCUGAUUCUCUCUUCCCACUCCAACUUUUCUCAAAAUUUAAAGAUACAUUUAAAAAAAUUUAUGACUUAUUAUUGGGUA